GAGUACCCUAGCAGUACCGGCAACUAGUCGAGUGAAAGCAGCGGUGGUGGUACCGUGCAACACCGUGAUAUUCGCCCCAAAUCAAGUUUUUAAAGUCGAUGUGGUCGAAUUAGAGACGGUAUAUUGACGUGAAAGUGCCCGCUGUGAUUGGAAUUUGUGAUAUUUAUUUUAUUUCAUCGAAACAAGUAAUUUCUUGCUAGUAAAAUGUCGGCCAAGGCCAUAAGGGAGGCAACGGGGAAAAACUUGAUAAAUCAAAGGUUAGGCGACACUGCGGCCGCUCAAUGUCGAUUUGCCAGCAUAAAUCCGGACACCAAGUUUUCCGAAGUGGUCGCUAACAACCCCUGGCUCAAGACUGACCGGUUGGUGGUCAAACCGGAUCAGUUAAUCAAAAGGAGGGGAAAAUUAGGUUUAAUUGCUGUAAAUAAAACGCUGGAUGAAGUACAAAAAUGGAUAGGCGAUCGAAUGAACAAGGAUCAAAAAAUCGGUCAAGCUUCCGGAAAGCUCAAGAAUUUUAUUAUCGAACCAUUUAUACCCCACAAAGACGAAGAAGAAACCUACGUUUGCAUUUAUUCACACAGGCAUGCCGAUACCAUACUAUUCUAUCAUCAAGGCGGCGUGGAUAUCGGAGACGUAGACAGCAAAGCAGUCAAACUCGACGUCCCCGUGGGAGAAAAUUUGACAGAAGAUAGCAUAACAAAAGUUUUACUUGGGCAAGUUAAAUCGGCCAAAAAAGCGAUGAUUUCUAAGUUUAUUUACAACCUAUAUGAACUGUACGUCGAUCUGUAUUUUACCUAUUUAGAAAUAAAUCCCUUGGUCGUGACGGAUAAGGAAAUAUUUAUUCUGGAUUUGGCUGCGAAACUGGACGCCACUGCCGACUUUAUUUGCCGACCGAAAUGGGGGGAGAUCGACUAUCCCCCUCCUUUUGGGCGCGAUGCUUAUCCAGAGGAAGCAUAUAUCGCGGAUUUGGAUUCGAAAUCUGGCGCCUCUCUAAAAUUGACAAUUUUAAACAGGAAAGGACGCAUAUGGACCAUGGUAGCCGGAGGGGGAGCCUCCGUUAUAUACAGCGACACUAUUUGCGAUCUAGGAGGCAGUUCUGAGCUGGCAAAUUAUGGGGAAUAUUCUGGUGCGCCUUCCGAGCAACAAACUUACGAAUAUGCGAAGACUAUUUUAUCUUUAAUGACGCACGAGAAACAUCCUCAAGGAAAAGUACUAAUUAUCGGGGGUGGUAUCGCCAAUUUUACCAACGUAGCAGCUACAUUUAGGGGCAUUAUAACGGCUUUCGUUGAAUUCAAGGACCGCAUGAUCGAUCACAACAUCAAAAUUUUCGUGAGAAGAGCGGGUCCCAAUUAUCAGGAGGGCUUGAGGAGGAUGCGCGAGGUCGGGCAAACUUUAGGUAUUCCCUUGUACGUUUUCGGUCCCGAAACGCAUAUGACGGCGAUCUGCGGUAUGGCGCUCGGUACCAGACCCAUACCGCAAGAAAACAACGUCGAAUUUGCCACGGCCAACUUUCUAUUACCGUCCGGAGAUAAACAACCAAUUAAGAAGAAACCCGAGGAAGUGGCGGCUGCGCGGGAAACAGCUUUGAAAGCUGCAGCCGCAUCGGCAGCUGAAAGGAGAACCGAAGUGAACCGGAUGGACACUAAAGACCACCUAUCAUACCAGGCUGUUAAAAAAUACGACCCCCUUUUCACGGCAACGACAAAAUCGAUAGUGUGGGGCAUGCAGAAUAGGGCUGUACAGUCGAUGUUGGAUUUCGAUUUCGUUUGCCGCAGGCAGGAACCCAGCGUCGUCGCCAUCAUCUAUCCCUUUACGGGCGACCACAAACAGAAAUUCUACUGGGGCCACAAAGAAAUCCUCAUUCCCGUCUACAAGAAAAUGAACGACGCGAUGAGCAAACAUCCCGACUCCGACGUGCUAAUAUCGUUCGCCUCGUUGCGGUCCGCGUACCAGAGCACCGUGGAAACGAUGGAGUACCCCCAGAUCCGUACCAUAGCCAUAAUCGCCGAGGGAAUCCCCGAAAAUAUGACGCGGAAACUGAUCAAAAUGGCGGACGAAAAGGGAAUCGUCAUAAUAGGCCCGGCGACGGUGGGCGGACUAAAACCGGGCUGUUUUAAAAUCGGCAACACCGGCGGCAUGAUGGAUAACAUUCUGCACUCGAAACUGUACCGACCUGGCAGCGUUGCCUACGUUUCCAAGUCGGGCGGUAUGUCGAAUGAGUUGAACAAUAUCGUGUCGCAUACGACGGACGGCGUGUAUGAAGGCGUUGCUAUCGGGGGUGACAGGUAUCCUGGCACUACGUUUAUGGAUCAUAUUAGGCGAUAUCAGGCCGACGAUAAAGUGAAAAUGAUUAUUCUUCUGGGCGAGGUGGGCGGUACCGAGGAAUAUUACGUAUGCGAAGCUCUUAAAAAUGGUGAACUGACGAAACCUUUGGUGGCCUGGUGUAUAGGUACUUGCGCUAGCAUGUUCACCUCCGAAGUACAGUUCGGGCACGCCGGUUCUUGUGCUAAUUCCGCCAGCGAAACUGCCACGGCCAAAAACGCCGCGCUUCGGGAAGCAGGUGCUCACGUGCCGGAUUCCUUCGAUUACUUAGGCGAAGUGAUUCGAUCGGUUUACGAGGGUCUGGUUAAACAGGGAGUGAUAGUACCGGCACCUGAAGUACCCCCGCCCACCGUACCCAUGGACUACAAUUGGGCCAGGGAAUUGGGUCUGAUUAGAAAACCGGCCAGUUUUAUGACGUCGAUUUGCGACGAAAGAGGACAAGAAUUGAUCUACGCAGGUAUGCCAAUUUCGGAGGUUUUGCAGAAAAACGUGGGAAUCGGAGGCGUAAUAUCGCUCCUGUGGUUCCAGAGAUGUUUGCCCCCGUACGUGUGUAAAUUCUUCGAAAUGUGUCUUAUGGUGACAGCCGACCACGGACCGGCCGUUUCCGGUGCCCAUAACACCAUCGUCUGCGCAAGAGCGGGGAAGGACCUGGUGUCGAGUUUGGUUUCCGGUUUGCUCACGAUCGGCGACAGAUUUGGCGGAGCCCUAGACAGCGCCGCCAAACAAUUCAGCGACGCUUACGAUACAGGUAUGCAUCCUGCAGAGUUUGUAAAUCACAUGAGAAACAAGGGUGAACUAAUUAUGGGCAUUGGACACAGGGUAAAGUCCAUCAACAAUCCCGAUCAGAGAGUGAAAAUUAUCAAGGAAUACGUGCUGGCAAAUUUCCCAGCCACGCCGUUGCUUCUCUACGCGCUGGAGGUGGAGAAAAUUACCACCAGCAAAAAACCCAACUUAAUUUUAAACGUCGAUGGUUGCAUAGCGUGCUCCUUCGUGGAUAUGCUUCGGAAUUGUGGCAGUUUCACCAGCGAGGAGGCCCAGGAAUACAUCAAUAUCGGCGCCAUCAAUUCCCUGUUCGUACUGGGCAGAACCAUCGGGUUUAUCGGCCAUUUUAUGGAUCAGAAGAGACUGAAACAGGGCCUGUACAGGCACCCCUGGGACGACAUUUCCUACGUUCUACCGGAGCAAUAUAACAACUAGGUUUUUAUUUUUCCGGUAAAAUCCGGAAUUUUUAAACGCACUAAACGCGAAGGAAGAAAAAAAUUAAGAUUUAGGUUUAAAACUAUAUUAGGAAUAUAUUAAGCUUGAACGAAAAAUUGUAUUUAUUUGUUAAUUAGUAAUUUGUUAUUGAAGUCGAUGGUUGAAUCUAAAAGUUGGUAACGAAACAAAUUUAGAUGUUAAUGAUGUUUUUCUAUUUGUGUACGGGGUGUUCCCUAAUGACGUGCUAGUGUUUGAGGGGGUGAUUCUAAAAAAGUAUGAAUAUACGGAUAUAUUUUUAGGUUGUUUGUAAAAGAUAGUAUUAACGCUCCUUUUAAAAUCAGCACCGAGUGUGUGUUAUACAGAUUUUAGCGACGAAAUAAGUAUCGUACGAAUUAGAAAAGACGGCGUCAUGAUGACUUGGAAAGUGACACUCACAGUUUCCAUGUAGUCUUUGCAUAGCCCGUUGCUAAAAAAGAUAUUCAAAUUUGUAAUUUUCCUACUUUCGACCCAAAAAGACAUAGGGAGAGACUUUAAUAUUCCAGGUAAUGCUAAUAUAUUGUAAUUUUUUUCUUAGAAUACAUCCAAAAAUCACCGUAUAUCAUUAAGGAACACCCUGUGCAUUUAAGACAAUUUUUUUAAAUGUUUUUAUAAUUUUGUGAUGUAUUUAAAAUGUUUUAAUGUUUAUAUGGAAAAAAAGACAUCUGUUUUAUUUAUUCCUUUUAUUUUAAAGAUUGAAUUGGAAUUACAUAUAUGUAUGUUGUUUGUAAUAAAAAGCAUUUUAAAUAGAUA